AUGGCUCUCAAGCGCAUUAACAAGGAACUCAUCGACCUUGGCCGCGACCCGCCCAGCUCGUGCUCGGCCGGUCCUAUCGGCGACAACCUCUUCCAGUGGCAGGCGACGAUCAUGGGUCCUUCUGACUCGCCUUACUCGGGCGGUGUCUUCUUCCUCUCCCUCACCUUCCCCACCGACUACCCCUUCAAGCCCCCUAAGGUGUCGUUCACCACCAAGAUCUACCACCCGAACAUCAACGCCAACGGCUCCAUCUGCCUGGACAUUCUGCGAGACCAGUGGAGCCCUGCUCUGACCAUCUCAAAGGUCCUCCUGUCGAUCUGCUCGAUGCUCACCGACCCCAACCCCGACGACCCCCUCGUCCCCGAGAUUGCCCACACCUACAAGACUGACAGGGCGCGCUACGAGGCCACCGCUAGGGAAUGGACCAGGAAGUACGCGACGUGA